AUGUCGUUCGGAAAAUCUCGCACCGUAACACUUUGCUCGCUUGCAAAUUUCAUAAAUGCUGCAGAUCGAGCGAUUAUGCCAAUUGCAAUUAUUCCUAUGGCAAAAGAAUUAAAUUGGAAUUUACCUUUGCAAGGUUAUAUUUUAUCAUCGUUUCCAAUCGGUUAUUUAACUAGCCAAUUAUUUGCUCAUAUAUUUGUACGACGUUUUGGCACAAAGGCCGUUCUUGCUUUAGCAGUUUUCACAUGGUCAUUAGUAACAUUUGCGACACCGUUUUUGGCACCGUUACCUUUUUUACUUAUUUUUUCAAGAAUUGCUCUAGGAUUUGGUGAAGGUUUAGCUUUACCAACGAUAUUUCAUGUCUUCAGUAACUAUGUACCGAUGGAAGAACGAUCUAGGUCGUUUAGUUAUCUUAUAGCAUUAGGCUCAGUGGGACAAACUUUUGCAGCAUUGAUAUGUCCUCAUAUAGCAUGGCGUACUGUUUUCUUUUUCUUUGGUUUUAUUGGUUUUUUGUGGACAUUUUUAUGGAUUGUAAGUUAUCGCGAUUUGAAUCUUAAUAUUGGAAAUGUUGGCGCUGAUGAAGCCUUUCUUCAUCCAUCAUCAAAAUUAGGAAAUAAAAGUUAUAGAUGGAUUGAAUUUAUCUCACAUUGGCCACUAUGGGCAAUUUAUAUUGCACAUUUUUCAAUGAAUUGGUCAUCUUAUAUUGUUAUGGUAUGGUUACCAUCGUAUUUAACCAAAACAUUCGAUGCAGAUCCGACGAAUUUAUCGUUUACAGCAUUUCCAUAUGUCAUGAAUUGUUUAUUAGGUGUCGCUGCCGGCCACUUCGCUGAUUCACUUAUUCAAAAUCGAUGGACAGUUUUAUCUGUUCGUCGAUUAAUGACUGCUAUUGGCUUACUUGGACCUGCUCUAUUCAUGUUGCUAUUUAUUUCAGUUGAUAAUCUUCUACUUGCUGUUGUUUUUAUAUCAAUAAGCAUGGGUUUAAGUGCAUGCAAUUCCGCUGGUCAUCUAUCAAAUCAUGCCGAUAUUGCACCUAAUCAUGCUGGUAUAACAUUCGCUAUAUCGAAUACUCUUGCAACAAUACCUGGAAUAUUAGCCGGUCCUGUUACCGCUGAAUUAGUUGUUGCCAGUCAUGGUCGCUGGUUUCCAGUAUUUAUUUUAGCAAGUGGUGUCAAUUUUGUUGGUGCCAUUAUUUAUCAAAGUCAAAGCGCUUCAACACAAAUUUUGUGA